AUGAUAUCCAUCGGCAAGACGCAAGGGCAGGGUCUCCCAGGGCAGACGUCAUCUUCGUCGAUUCAACGCGAGAACAGAACGUGCUCGGAUGGCUCAGCGGACACCAGUCUAUCUGCCGCCGUCACCAACACAACCUACAAUUCCGCUACACCAUGCUUGAUACCGUCUUCGAUCACCUCGACCGCAGCCAAUUAUGUCGAACAGAACAUGACCCUCCGACAGGGUCUCCGCCGCUAUCCAAAAGCAAUCAUGUGGUCCAUCCUCUUCUCCUUAACCCUGAUCAUGGAAGGCUACUCUACCAUCCUCGUCCCAAAUCUUUACUCUCUCGACCCCUUCCGCCGGAAAUUUGGCACGCUGCAACGCAACGGCGACUACGAGAUUAGUGCUGUAUGGCAGAGUACGUUAGUCAAUGGCGCUUUGGCAGGUCAGAUUGUUGGACUGUUCGCGGCAGGUUGGCUGGCUGAGAAAAUCGGGUAUCGCAGAACGCUUAUGGCUGGAUUGACGGCAGUUACUGCCUUCAUCACAAUCACCUUCUUCGCAACGACUAAGCCAAUGUUGCUGGUAGGGCAGUGUUUACUCGGGGCGCCAUGGGGCGUGUUUCAGACCAUCAGUACGGUGUAUGCUAGCGAUGCGUUGCCUGUUCAGUUGAGAGGGUAUUUGACCACAUACGUUAAUGCUUGCUGGGUAAUCGGUCAACUUAUCGCCUCCAUUGUACUCCGCGCAAUGCUCUCCAUCCCCUCGCAAUGGGCAUACAGAAUUCCGUUUGGUCUGCAAUGGGUAUUCCCCGUUCCCAUCUUCAUUUUCGUAUUUCUCGCCCCGGAAUCGCCGUGGUGGCUGGUCCGACAAGAUCGCUUCAAAGAGGCCAAAACUUCGCUCCGCCGCUUGCGCAGGCAGGAUGAGGAUGAGUUGGACGCCGAUUUCGACGCAGGUUUGGAAGACACGUUGAGAUGCAUCAAACAAACCAAUGACAAUGAAAAGGAAGCGCAGAGUGGAACUAGAUACGUCGACUGCUUCAAGGGUGUGGACAGAAGGAGAACAGAAAUAACAUGUAUGUGCUGGAUCAUCCAAACACUAUGUGGUAGCACCUUCAUGGGCUUCUCAACCUACUUCUACGAACAGGCAGGCCUUGGUGCCCGCCAUGCUUUCACACUCUCUCUUGCACAGUUUGCCCUCGGUCUCCUUGGCGUCCUUGCUUCCUGGCUUCUGCUCUCAUACCUUGGCCGCCGCACAAUCUACCUCUCGGGCCAAACGCUAACAUUUCUCUGUGUCCUGUUAAUCGGCAUCCUAGCCUGUAUUCCACACUCACAUCCAUCUAUCUCUUCCUCAAACACAAACUUGCCUCGCUCUACUGGCGGUGGAGAUGCUGGCAGAGGUGAGCGAGUCGGGGGUAGUGGACCGAUUCCUUGGGCGAUUGCAGCACUUCUCCUCGUAUUUACCGCCGUCUACGAUGCCACAAUCGGCCCUCUGUGCUAUACGCUCGUCUCAGAAAUCCCUUCAACCCGCUUACGUUCAAAAACAAUUGUAUUAGCACGCAAUUGCUAUAACAUCUCCGGUAUAAUUACCAACCUAAUCACGCCUCGCAUGUUGAACCCAACGGCUUGGGCUUGGGGAGCUAAGGCGGGUUUCUUCUGGGCUGGAACGUCGGUGAUUGGGCUUGCAUGGAGUUGUUGGCGGCUUCCUGAGACCAAGGGGCGGAGUUUUGCCGAGAUCGACACGCUAUUUCGCAACAGGACGAAGGCGAGAAAGUUCAAAGGGACAAGGAUCGUGGGAGGUAUGCAAAGAAGGGAAGUAAGUGGAAACAGCAAGGCAAGUGAGGUGUAG